AUGGUGGACAACCAGUUGAGCUGGAGGGACCAGAUCUUCCGUACGGCGGACAAGGCUGCUAGGAGUGUCACUGCUCUUAGUAAGCUUACGGCCAAUGUCGGUGGUCCUUGGUCCAGCCGUAGAAGACUCUUUAUGUCUGCAGUCCAGUCCGUACUUCUCUACGGCUCUGAGGUGUGGGCAGACGCCCUCAACGAGGAAGAGUACAGGUUGAAGCUGGCACAAAUGCAGCGUCAGGUGGCACUCAGGGUCGCUUCCGCGUACCGUACGGCAGUUUUGGUUAUUGCUGGAGUUAUCCCUGUUAAACUCUUAGCAGCAAAGUGGAAGACAAUCUACCAGAGACAAUGCUACAUCGGGAAGGAAGCUACAAGAACGGAAUAG